CAAUCUAAAAACACCUCUUCUCCUUCUAUGUUUUUAUCCCUAGCCAGUCGUUGAAGUAAUUACGCGGUAGAGCCGUAGAGUAGAGAUGAAGAGUCCAAAUUAGGAUUCAACAUCAAUACAGAAAGUAUCGAAGAUUUAAGAAAUUUUGUUUCUACAAAAUGCUCCAGAAGACAAAGCUCUGACAUAUCCUAUUAGAGAGAUUGCUCUUUGUAAUGGCUGCUUCUGAAAAGACAGUCGUGAGGAACAGAGUGAAGGUUUGCCUUCCUCAAGUCGCAUCAAGAACAGAACUUAUUGAAGCCGAAAGUAAGCAAGGAUUUCAUGAGAUGUAUUCUGCCACUUCGGAAGGAGGUAAUCUGCAGAAUUUUGGGAACAGCUGUUCAAGUAAAGAAAGGAAAACAUGUGCGAGCAAAGUCGUUGAAAAUGAAUCUGAUCAAUUGGAAAAGUUCAUUGCCGAAAUGCCCAAUGUUGAAUUUAUUUCGCCAGAUGCUCACAAAAGUCGAAGGUUGUUAGAGUUAGAUGGCAGAAAAAUGAAGAGACAAAGAACAAAUACUAUCGACAUAGAAUUGCUAAAUUGUUCAAGUGGCCAUUCCUUUACAUAUUGUGAAGGAAAAACUUACAUGGAGACGAGUAAACGGGAAAAGGGUGCAGCCCUAGUGGCGCGUGUUGGUGAACCUGGACCUGGAAAGUGUAUGUAUGGUCAAAUAGGAAAGAGGCAGAUACUUGACUAUGAGAAGAGGCUAGACUGUGCCAAGAUACUAAGGAAACUGAUGACUCAUCCAGACUCUUGGAUAUUUAAUAGGCCGGUUGACCCAAUCGAGCUGAAUAUUCCAGAUUAUUUCUCUAUUAUUACUGAACCCAUGGACUUGGGCACAGUUAAAGACAAAUUACAGGCGAAAAGGUAUUUGGAUGGCAGUGUGUUCGCAUCUGAUGUGCGAUUAACCUUUUCGAAUGCCAUGAGAUAUAAUCCACCAAGUAAUUAUGUUCAUGGAUUGGCUCGGGAGCUAAAUAACGAUUUUGAAUCACUGUGGAGAGCUGUUCAAGCAAAAUGGAGUUCGGAAAGCUCAAUGGUUGCUCAGAAGCCAACUCUUAAUAAAAGAUUGGAAGAAACUCAGACUCUGAGAAAAGGGGGUCGAAAAGAAGAUGCUCCAUCUUGUUUGAAUCGAUUGCCGGAAAUUUCAUUGUCACCUUCCCUUAGAACUAAGAUGAGAAAAGAUAUCAUGGAAAUAUCGAAGGGAAAAGUUUCAGGAGACUUACUUAAUUGUUUGCGAAGAUCUGGUUUGAUCAAUCAAAUGGAAGAAAAAAUCCAAGUUGACAUUGAUGCAUUUGAUGAUGAGAAGCUGUCAAAAUGGCAUAACAUAAUCAGGCCAUAUCUUAAUUCAGAACCAGCAACUUCUGUUCUGGUAAAAAACUCUGGUGGAGAUGGCUCUAUACAGAAAAAGCUUCAUAACGGAGCGCGUGUCAAUAUAACUCCUAAUACAAAAGUAGCUGCUCGUGUUGAUGGUGGCAGCGCGGACAGCAAAGGCAUUGGUCAAAAGGAACUCUCCCAAUCUUCAAAUUCUGACAGAGUCCGACGUGCGAAUAAUUCUGCACAUCCUGGUGGUCCACAUAACUUGGAUCCUCUAGCUAAUGGCACUGGUGGACGAGAAAUUAGCACGCUGGAUCCUAAUGCUUAUGAUGACAGAAAAGUCAAGUACAGUGCUUCUCCUGCAAAUCCUGUCAUGCCCGUUGCUUCCAGAGAAGUGGAAUGUGUUGAUGAUGAUGGGCAAAUGACUCCUGAGAAGGCUCUUCGUGCUGCGAUGCUAAAGGGACGUUUUGCUGAUACCAUCGUGAGAGCAAAGCAUAAUACGUUGUUGUGCAAUGGUGAGAAAGGUGAUUCUGUGAAGAUGCAACUUGAGAAAGAAAUAUUGGAAAAGAAGCAAGAACAAGCCAAGAUUAGAGUUGCUUCUGAAGUUGCAUUACGAAGGAGUCGGGAAUUGGAAUUGAAGAUGCAGAGACAGAGAGAAAGAGAAGCAGCUCGAAUUGCUUUGGAAAAGAUGGAGAAGACCGUUCAAAUUUAUGAGAACCUAGAAAUUCUAAAAGACAUCGAGAAGUUGGCACGUCAUCAAGCAUAUGGAACUUCAAUUGUUAGUCCAUUGAAAAAACUGGGUCUGUUCUUGAAAGCUGAUUAUGCUGAAGAAGAAAAAGAAGAGGAGGAUGUGGUGCUAAACUUCUAUGCAGACUUAGAGGAGGGGGAAAUUCUGUCGUAAUUGGUCCAUUUGUUUUGUUUUCUUUUUCAUAUAUAUAUAUUGAAAGCAUGCAUUUGGUAGAGGAUGUAACGGCUUUUUUCUUGUACAGUCAGUUAUACCAAGGGUACAAAGCACAGUUUGGAUAACUUAGCCUAUGUAAAGAGUGGUCAGGAUUUUUUCUCACAAAAGACAAAUGUAUGGAUGCAAUCGGUUGUCAUAACUGAUGGUUGUGAUUGAAAUUACAAGUGCAUCUAAUCGAUAAAAUUUACCAUGUCA